AUGCACAGAACUGAAAAUGGAUCGAAGUUCUAUAUGCCAUCUCUGUACGAUAUUUUAAAGUUAACUAAGACGGAAACUAUCUAUGCAAAAUCAAAUCCCGGUAGUCCUAGAAAAGAAACUCUUCCAUGUUCUGACGGCCCGUCCCCUCCACCUGGAGGGGGCGACGCGCCGCCCGUACCAAAGUGUGCGUGCAGAGUCACAGAUGAAACGAAGUCUGCAAGCAAUAGAGGGAAAACUGGGGCAGGGGUUACGGGGUCUCGUACAGGUCGCAUUUGCGAGAGGCGUAAGGAACCCGCUCUGCCGGCAGGAGCAACUAACCCAGGGUUGCUUCGGCACAUCCAUAAUGCCGCCAGAUACAGACUACCGCAGUGUUUUGAAGGCGCGUGUGUGUCCCUGAAACAGAGUGCUCAGAACAACUGGGUGCUCGGACACUCUAUGUCGUUUAGUUCUGUGACUCCGGGCGGUUACAAAGUCCUAUUAUCAUACGUAGAUAAAAGCAAGCCUAUAGGCUUACCGUACUUCGUAAUGGAAGCGGCGCCGGGCGGACAAAUGAGUUGCGAGAUACGGGUGGGUCCCUCCCAGGGUACCAGGGCCACAGUCGUCGCGCAGAUGGCCGAUGGCCAAUUAUACAGUUUUGAAAGCAUCUUGGACGCCUACUUCAACAAUUUUACAAUGUCUAUUAUUGGUGUGAACCGUGAAUUUAUUGCUCUACAUUACUUACAGGCUGUAACAGAUCAGAUAUCGCUCGGUGCGGAGGUGGUGGCGCGCGGCCAGGCGUCGGAGUUGAGCUCAUUGUCGGCCGCCGCGCGCUGGUCCGGCGACAAGCACUCCGUGAGCGCCACUCUCGGUAACAGAGGGCUCGACGUGUGCUACGCGCGAGACAUCAAGCCCUACCUCACCGUCUCCUCAAUGCUAGAAGUGGGGUUCACAAUCCGGCGAGCUGUAGCGACGUUGGCCUACGAGUGGCACACGCCAGCGUGGACAGUACGCGGGUCCGUGGACUCUGACGGACUGGUGGGCGCCACGCUGCAGAGGGCGCUGGGCGGGAACAACGCGCAGCUAGCGUGCGCUGUAUCCGCACUACUUAAUCAUCCUAAUGAUAAAUUUCGUCUCGGAUUCGGUGUCACUGGCUCUAUUGUAUGAUUUUAUUAGAACUGCAUGUCUAUAUAAGCUAUUUUUGUUUAUGGUCCAAUGUAUGUAAUGUAGACCUAUCUAUGUAGCGUGCAAAAGGUUUUUUAUAAAGCACUAAAACUGCUUUUGCACAGAAGGCGUCGCUCAUCGCUGCAACCACGACCACUCUGCCAAGAGUGUACGAUUAAGAAGAAGAAAACUGCUUUUAUCCGUUGAUACAUGUCAUAUUGUAGUAAUCAUUGUAAAUCGACAUUCGGGGAGGUACUAUCGCCAGGUUUAUUCCUGCCACAGUAUUGCUGUUUCAGUCUGAAUAGUGGUAUCGUAUGAAGUUUCAGAUAUGGAACGUGUCAUCAGGCGACCUGCAGACGACUGAUAGCUAACUACCUAGGUAAUAGUUAUUCCUUGUAGCAAUUGACAUAAUUGCAAUCCUAUAUGUUAUUUCAGUAUGUUUGAAGUUUUUUAUUAUAGUUAUCUCAGAUCAGUUGGAUAUUAUUUUGAUACAGAGGUCUACUUAGUUAUUUGAUGUAGGUUUAUUUAUUUUAGAUAAUUUUCUGAUUACUAAUUUUGUUAAUACAUCAAACUAUUCAGCUGUAUUUUUAAUUUUACUUAUAGAAAUAUAGAUUUUAAAUA